CUUUACUAGAUUGGUCGUUCGAAAUAGGAGCUGGUGAGAAGCCAUAACAACGCAUAGGAAAUCAAUAAAGUUUGAGUUGAAAGGUAGAAGAAAGAAGGAAUCAGAUUAAGAUGGCGUUGGGCUGGACAGGGCGAAGGAGCAUGUCGACGGUGUCCAAAGCUGUUGCUGAAAUUGUUGGGAGUGGCAAUAGGAAGAUCCGCAAAUCUUCCAGUGAGCUCUGCAACUUCCUCGGGAUUCCCCAUCACUCUCGUUCCGAAAUGGCCUUGAUUCUCUCCAAGUUCAUCAAACUCUACAAUUUCAAGAGUCCUGGUAUUAAAAAAGACAAGAUUUGGGAGCAGAAUUUGCAAACGUUGUUACGUGGUAGAAAUAGUAUUGGUUUUCCUGAGGUUGCUAAAAUCCUCUCUCCGGAAUUCAGUCAGGGUGCGAUUAAUGUGAAGGAUAGUAAUAUGGAUUCCUUCGCCGACAAUGCGAAGGGAAAAGCCUCUCAAAAGAAAGGGAAAUCUUCUAAGAAGUAAGACUUGAACAUGGUUUUGCUGCUUGGAGGAUCCCUGCUUGACAUAUUUGAUACUUUUUUUUUUAUGUGUUUGCUUUGUUCCAAUGACAACUUGAGUUUGACUAUUGUGUUGUUGUCCUUCAAAAUAAUAUUAUUCCUCUUUAUAUUACAUUUUAGCAUAUUCAUUACUUGAUAUAAUAUACUGGUUCUUAUACUGG